AUGUCCCGCAUCACGAGCAGAUCUACGCGUCCCAAGAAACUCACCGCCAAACAAAAUGUACCUAUAUUUCGUGAGGAGCAGGUCGAUAACAUCAACGAUGUCGACGCCAUACGUAAUCAGGUAGAAACGGGUGUUGAAAAAGCCGAAGAAUCAGAAUACCAUCUUCAGCAAGCGAUAAAAGCGUCACAAGACGUUCGUAAAGCUGAGAUUAUCAAAGAUGCAUAUAUCCCGACACCACCUACCAUAUCCAGUGACAUCCAGUAUGAUGUUCUGUAUCCAAAAGGAUGGCAGCAACCAGCCACCUAUAUUCGAUCGUCAGCAACGGUCGAGGACUGUAAUCCCAUCUCGUAUUGCAUGGAUGAGGAGGAUGAGAUUGCUUUCAAAGUGAUCAAUGCCAAGUUGGCUCAACCCAUGACAGAAGACCAAUUUGAGGAAGUCAUAACCUUUUUUGAAGAAACUGUUUCGAUAGAACAGCCUUUUGCAAGUGUGCAUGCUCCAGUGAUGACCUUGUCGGAACUGCUGUCACAUGCCGACGACUUAACACCAGCUUCAGUGCAGCGAUACGCCAAGACAGUGUACGAGCACUGGUCAUCUCGACGAACGACGAAGCAAAACAACUCUCUUCCACCACAACUAAAAUUCGAAACAGGCCACGAAAGCGACGACGCCGACCCAUAUGUGUGUUUCCGUAGACGCGAAAUCCGACAGACGAGGAAGACACGGCAUCGUGAUCAACUGAGUGCUGAGAAAUUGCUGAAACUGCGACGUGACCUAGAAAGCGCCCGAAACCUUUUGCUCUUGGUCACUCAAAGAGAGCGUGGGCGGAAGGAACAAUUGGUAAUUGACAAGCAGGUGUCUGAGCAGAGACAGGCCUUCCGAGAAUUGAAGCGGAAGCUGAAGCAACCAGGAGACGAUGAUCUGCUGAUUACCCAGAAGAAGCCUAAGUUGCCGCUGGUUAUACCAUCAGAUCAGCAGUUGGCUCAGCAAUUACCGAGUAGACCUGGACCGGAGCUUAAGACACUGGAAGACCUUCGUGCUGAUAAAGAACGCGCCAUCGCGAACGACAUCCAUACGAACGUCGACAAGCACAUCAGGUGGAAUGACGGCUAUCACGACAAGACCAUGUUCCCACUCACCCCUGUCACGGAAAGUGCCGAAGAAACUCCUUUCUUGCCUGCAAUCACUGCGGUGUAUCUCCCAACACCUCCAGCUAGCAUUUCGGAGGAUGAAGCAGGAACUUCCAAGCCCGAACCAACACCGGACGUAGAGAUGAAAGAUAUCUCCAGAUCUUCAACACCGUUUAGAUACGCCAGUCCCGAUGACGACAACGACAACAAGACAUCGAUGCCCUCUUUCCGCAUGCGUACAGGAAGAGGAGGCAGGAGGAUCAUAGAUCGGAAGAUGCCAUUCAGGACAUCUCUGCGUCAGUGUCAGGAUGACGAUCGUUUCAAGUUCGACCAUGAUUCGGAUGAGGACAUAGAUAUGGAGGAUCAGGAUGUCGAUACGUUCCUGGAGCAGUCGACGAGACAGUCGAAUGAAAGUAGUGCUCUGCUGAUACUGAGGAAUGCUCAGCCAGCAGCCAAUGCGCAAGCCACUAGUGCGGUAAAAACGCAGAUAGAGGGUGCAAAUGUGGCACACCCACCUGCUCAGCAGCAGGUGUCUAGCAGAUAA